AUGGAUUCCGACUCCCUGGAACUCAGCUUGGGCACUGAAAAACAAUGCUAUAUCCCUCCAAGCAUCACCCACUUUCUGAAUCACCUUUCCAGGAUCAGAGAUGUUUCUAAGAGGCUAGCUGAGUUGAACGACUAUGUGAGCAAGUUGGAGCAGGAGAUGCGCAAGCUGGAUGCCUUAAAACGCAAUCCUCAACGCUGCAUGCUGCUUCUCAAGGAUGCUGUUGAGUUUCUGAAAAAGGAAGGAGAGAAGAUGAAGCGAGAUAUAGAAUUUAAAGAACCUAAAUGGCCUGUGCUGAAGGAGUUUCUGCCAUUAAAGAGAAGCUUUAAUGAGGAGGAACACAGGGCAGUACCCAUGGAGAAAGAAUAUGGCAGAGAAGAGGAGAACCUGACGAUGAAUUGUCACUAUGAAAAGAGACAUAAAUCCACCCUUGCAAUUCCCAAGCCCUGCAAAUUGAGCAUAGGAGGAGGAGGAGCAUUCACACCAUUCAAGGCAACAAUGGCGAAAACAGAAGUGGCCAAGGAGGUGGCGGAAGAGCCAGUUUUAUCCCUUCUUCUGCCUGGAACCCAGAAUUCAAGGCCCCAACUGGGUAACAACCAUCUUCUUCCAGAGCCCUACAACAACGCUGCCGAUGGAACCCAGACUGAAAGGCUUGAACUGGGUUACAACUACCCUGUUCCCAAGAACAAUGACAUAGGCAAAGGUGUUGCCCAUCAUCAGCCGUUUAAUCCACAGGCAGUGCAACAACACCAGGCAAUCUGGAAGAACAACAGAAGAUGCUGGUCACCAGAGCUGCAUGCUAGAUUCAUGGCCGCCAUGGACUUUCUUGGUGGUCCUGAAGGUUACAUAUCAUGA